UGUGCUGGACCCUGACCGAUGGGCUGAGCUCUCCUGGCUGGAACAGGACCUCUGGCGUGUGCUGUGCCACGACAGCCUCCCGGCAGGCUGGUGCCAGCGAUUUCUGCCCUCCUGGGAGGGCCAAGAGGGGAUGGAGCAGCUGCCUGCUCGCCCGGCUGAUAAGGCACAGCUGAGCGGCCGUGACUCAGCACCCAGAGCCCGUGGCAGGCAUGUGCCAAGAGGUAAAUCCAGCUCCCAGCUGGGUUACCUAGGUGCUGCCAGACCCUAAAAAGCAGGGAUGGGUCUCUGCUGCCUUCCUCGGGUGGGAAGCAAGGAGGGAUUGAGGCUCACAGGCUGCUGGUCGGAGCUGGGGGCUCUGAGCAGCUGGAGUCUGGAUAUCUGUUGGCCCCCCUCUGGGCAGGAAGGGGGUUCCACAGAGCUGCCGUAAAUCCCUUUCUCUGUCCUGUUUGGAAGGGGAAAGAGAGGAGCCUGGUCAAAUCUCAGAGAAGUCUGGGCUCUAACCAGGCUCAGCAGCUGCACAAACUGAGCACCAGGCAGGCUGUCUGCGUGGAGCAAGCACAGGGGACCCAGGGCAUGGUGCACAGCCCCAUAAUGCUGCCCUCCAGCCCUGAGCUCAACACCAGGCUCUUUCCCCUGGGCUGGGAGAUCCCUGAGCUUCGGGAGAUCCCUGCAGCAGGGAUGGGUGAGACCCCCAGGGGUAUCCACAUCAAUUUGGAGAUGGUAGCGGGCAGAGAACCCCAUGGGCAGCUGCAGGAGCCCUUCCCAGGAGAUGGGGCUCUUGCCCUUGUGUUCUGUGUCCCUGCUCAGCCUUUCUCAGGUCUUUUUCCCACCCCACAGCCCCCCCCUCUCCGCUCCUUUGCCGUCCUGCCCCCCCUGCCGAAAGCAGAGGCAGGAGCCCCGCGCUCCCAGGGCACCGCAGGAGUUUUUGGAAAAUGCUUCCACCUCGUGGCCCUCUGGAGAAAUGACUGCCUGGGAGAUGCCAGGAUGCACCCCCACGAGCCCAGCCGGGACGUGCAGUGCCAAGGCUUUGCCACCCCGUUGCUCCUUCCACCAGUUCCCCCCAGGCUGAGCUGGGGAGGGAUUGGAGCAGCCCCCAUGCGCGCAGCCCACCCGUGGGCGCACGCAGACGCACGAGCGUGUGCCAGAGCUCAACCCGCUGCUGCCAGCCCCAUGCUGCUGGGGGAUGGCAUCGCCACCCCUGCUUCUCCCCCAAAAUCUGCAGCUGGGGGAAGGAAGGAGUGGAAAAGCCCAGGGUGCACGGUGGUGAGCACCAGCACCUUGUGGUCCCCAUCCUGCUCCUGCCAGGGAUGCCCUCUGAAACGCUGGGAAAGUGGGGAAGCCACUUCUGCUCCCUGCAGGAGCUGCCUGGGCUCUUCUGCUCCAAGAAAAACCUCUGGCUUGCACCUGGGUUUCCCGCUAGCACACAGAAGUUUUGGCUGGUUUGGGUUUAUUUAUUUAUUUAUUUAUUUAUUUUUGCACAGGAUGGGGAUGACACAUCUGCAGGUUUGCUCUGGGCCACAACUGCUGCACUUCACGUUAAGUAUCUUUAAGACAAAUGAUCCCUCUCUCGCAAUUCUCAGGUGUCGUCUCAUUUCCCCCAUAAAAAGCCUCUUGUCCUGCUGCCUGCUAGCGGAUAGGCUUGGGAAAAACACUUUAAAACCCGGUGGUGCUUCCCCCACAUGCUGUUACAGGAACCAGGUGGCUUUCGCAAGAACUCUGUUUCAGGACAGCUGCAUCUCCCUGAAAUAUUCCACAGCGGACGGCCAUCCCUCAUCUCUGCCCCUGGUGGAGCUCAGCAAGUGUUACAGAAAUCCAGCUCAAUCUGCAUUUUAGAGGAUGUAAUCACUCUUAGAAACAGCUUUCUCCACAUUCCCUGCAGCUGAGCUGCAACUCUCCUGGCUGUAAAACUUCUGCAGCGAGGGAUGCGUUGCUCGGCUGUGCCUGUCCAGCAGCAAACCCAGCCUGAGCACACCACCGCUCACUUCUGGGAGUACGAAAUGUCCUGCACCACGCUGUGAUUUUGCAGGAAUGCACCACGCUGUUCAUCCGAGUGCUGUGUUAACACAACCAGCCCCUCUUUGGUGGUGUCCAAAAUGUCUUGGUCAGCAGCUUCGCUGUUCUGCGAGGUUUUGCACCGCGGUUUUUGUCCUGGAAGCGGUGUCCCAGACCCAGAGGUGCUGCCAGGAUCUUCACCCCAUGCAUCAGACACCCAGCAAAGCCCUUAGUGCCCAGCUGAUAGGAUGCCCUUGCAACCUCAGCUCUAGGGAAGAACCAAACAGAAGGAUUUCCUGAUGGGCUGUGCGAUCCCAAGGGCCCCCUCUUUCCCUGCACAAAGGUGAAUAAUUCACAAUAUUUGCUAGGCAUGAGCAAGACUCAGCUUUGUUUGUAACAACAGCAGGGUAAUGUGAUUACAUUUUUAGUAGUCUUCACUUUUGUUAAAAAAAAAAAAAAACAAAAUCCAUGAAGAUGGCAAAUCCAUUUGCCAUGCUCCUUAUGUGCAAAACGCAUCGGGAUUGUUCCUCCCAACGCCAGCGAGAGAACCCCAGUGCCACGGCGAUGCUGCAGGGGAACGGCCGAGCUGGACUCAAGAGGUGAAGCACACCCAUCCUCACCAGGGCAGAGCUGCUUCUCCACCAGCAUUUGGCCACCGCAGGCACUAUGCUGCUGCUCCCCAUGCUGAUCUGCUGCGUGCAGAUGUGGUAGGGCCGUGCUGAGAUGUGGAAGCAGCGACGCUCCUGCUGUCACCACCAGCGCUGCGCGCACCAGCAGAGCAGGCAGCCAGGCUGCUGGCUGCCCAUUUGUGCUCAGACACACAAUCCCUGACCCAGUCUCGGCUUGAACAGCCUGCAGAGUGGAAGAUAUUCCUGUGAGAGGUCGGUAAUUAGCACAGGAGAGUGAGCAAACCUGCGGACGAUCUGCAAGCACACCAUGAAGAUGUGGAGCUGGAGACGGUGCCUGCUGCCCAAAGGCACAGCACGGCUCCUCCUCAUCACACAGGGGUUUGUCAACGAGGGGCUGAUCUCUCAUUUAUUGAGGGUUUCACGUUCUGCAGAAAAAGUGGCUAGGGUUGCAGAGGAAACUUUCCCAGCAGGACCUGAGCGAAUCUCAGCCACUCCGUGUGUGUUUGGAGAGCUGGGGAGCCCUGCACGGCCACUGGACUCUCGCAUUGCCUCUGACUUAAAGCUCAGCUUGGCGAGCUCGAUCCUGCACGGGGAUGGCAAGGAGCAGGUAGGCAGGAGUGCAAAAGAUGACAGCCUGCCAGUCACCAUAUGCAGCACCGGCCCCAGGAAAUUAAAUCCCUGGGCCAUAUGCUGCGCGGCACAGGAGGGAGCGAGGGGUCUGCAGCAGCGUCUGCAGCUGCCUGAGCGCACCCGUGGCUGGGGGUUCAUAACCCAGCAAUAUUUCGCUGCUCCCCGGUCUCCCCGGUGCUGAGCAGGGAAGGAUGGGGCCGGGGAAAUGAAGGGAAGGAUGACACGAAUUCAGCCAGGCCCACUGGCAGAGCAGCCGUGCAGGCAGAGCCAAUGGCUGCUCCUCGCCGUGAGUCCGUCCACCUCCACCCCCCCUCCCCGAGUCCUUAAGUCACAGCUUUGAACUCCCUCGGCGUUCAAAGCAAGCACGAUGCUCAGCGUGAACAGAAGGACGAGCCUGGUGCUGGCAGGUACACAGCGAGGACGCUGAGCCCAGCAGGGCCGGCUGCUGAGACAGGUCUCCUGGGGUGUCCCCACACCUCUCCUGCUCCGGGGGAUGCCCCAGUUCACCUUCGCCUGCUUCUGCGGGCUCCAUGGCUUCUGCAAGAUGAAGAGGAAGAAGGAGGAGUCCAGCGCGGAGCAGGAGACGGCAGUGUGAGGAGCAGACGGGCCUCGGGACACUGGAGCUGCUGGGGGGGACACAUUUGGUGCCCCCUCUCCUCUCUCCUCACCAGGGACCGCAGACCUGCCCGGCCAGGAGAGGGCCGAAGCAGAGGAAUGGCCGCACCCAGAGGCACAAGGAGGAGUUGUGGACAUUACCUGGGUGCUGCACCCAUCCUGCACGGACCCCCCCGAGCCCUCAGCACCCCAACAGCCGCUGUUGGAUGCCGCCUGGGUCCCGAUGGGGCAGAGGAUUCCCCCCUGAGCCCGCUGCCAAGGCGCACAGACAGACCCCAAGGGGGGUUCAGCAGCCAGGGCCAGGCCUUGCCCCUCCUGGGGCCGUAGUGUUGGGAGGCCGGCCCGGGGUGGUAAGCGGUCUCGCUGCUGCAGAACCUAAAAACAAGCUGUACUUUUAAUUUUUUAUUUAUUUAUUUAUUUUUAAGCAACUCUCGAGAAAAAUGCCCAGAACUGCAAGAAGCCAUUCUCCACGCUUUGGCUGUGCCUGGCCCCGCGGCUGCAGCACACCGAAGCAUUUUGGGGACACCAAACGCACCAACCGGCUUGGACACAGCUCCCGUGGGACCGGGGCGGAGGGGACACGGUGGUGACACCCACCCUGAGCGAUGUGGCUCAGUGGGGGAUUGAUCUUGGUUGGCAAAAGGGCCAGCAGCCCCCAGCUCGAGGCACUGGAGUCUUGCUCCAGGGACAUUUCCAGCACAAACCUGUUCCUGCAGAGCAGAAACCCUUAAACUCUUCCUGCUGGUGUUUCUCUUCUCUGUCUGGAGACCCCCCCAGCCAGGGGCUAAAAGCAAUGCCUGCGGCUGCCAGGCAGGGGAUGCUCGCCCCGAGGGCUGGUCCUGCUCCUGCCACCUUCACCCUGUGCUUUGUUGUUGUCCCCAAGGUCCCCAGGGUCCCCUUCUCCCCUCUCCCCUGUCUGUGCGUCCUUCCUACCUAGAGUUGAAGCCAUACAGGAGCUCCCUGCAUGCUGUGCCUUCCAGGAGGCGUCUCACAGACGUCCCUGCUCAGACACCCCCAAGGACUGUCGGAGCCCCCACGGAUUUGGGGAUGUUGCUGGGGUCUUGGUGCUGCGAUGCCGGGACAGGCUGCAGCCUGCCUCCCUGGCCCUAAACGCACCCAAAAUUCGAGAUCUCAUUUCAGGAGCAGGCAGCUGCCGUGGCCCCGGUGCUCUCAUUUCCAAGACGUGCCGAAAACCAGGAGGGACAGCCCAUAGGAAAGGGUAAAUCCGGAGAGGGCAAGCCCCCGGCAUGGGGGCGCAUGGAUUUGAGCAUCCUGACCCCCCCACAGAGCCCCCCGUGGUCCCAGCGGGGGACGAGCAGGCUUGCAGAGCAAAUCCUCCCCCCGUGAUUAACCAGCCUGACCUUUCCAGGGCUCGCCCGGUGCUCUCAGAGCAGAUUUGCCCUUAACAAACAGAGCUGUAGCUGCCAGUGACAGCUCCCCUUUGGAGCUCUGUUGGCUCAGCCAACAGGACCAUUCUUUUAUUUUCCUUAUCCAAAGGAUUGAGCACAAAAAGCCGGCCAGGAGCACCGAUAACACGAGGAGCUUUAAAUCCUUCCUGCUGGGUGCCCGCUGUCGGGGCUGCGGUCCCCAUGCACCAGCCCCAAGGUUGGGGGGCUCGGGGCACUUUUUAUCUCCCCUCUUCCAGCCUAGGAGAUGUGGAGCUGGGGGGACGCAGCGGUGCAGCCCCAGGGCAGCGUUCCCAGCUGGGGAUUUCCUUGCUGAGCUCCUGGUUUCGGCAGGAGAGGAGGUGUGCAGGGUAUCUGCCAUGCAAUGGCCAGCCGGGAUGGCUGGCCCUGUCAUUUGUCACCAUCGAGCUCAGCAGAUUUCAGCCUGGCGUGCACGGAUCGGUGGAAAAUGCCGCGGUUAGUGCAGGCUGUAAUGUCUCCUCUGGGGCCUCUGAGGCUGCAUCAGCCUUUUACUUAGGCAGCGCACGAGGAACAGCUUUGCCAAGGCCCCGAGGGAAGCCGAAGCCUCUCAGAUUAAUGCCUAUGCACCCACAUUUUGGCUUGGCUGAAGGUGCCCUGCUCCUGGGGGGACAUGUGCAGGGUCCCCACUAAUGAGGGUGUGAGCAGGGUGCCCAUCAGAAGCAGAGCUUUGGGAGAAAUCUCGGGCAGCUUCUCUCUGCCAGGUUUUGCAGAGGCUAAAAUAUUGCUGUGGGGUUUGGGGGGGGGGGGGGUGGCCCAGUUCCUUACGGUGUAACCUUCGGUGCUAAACCUCUGCUUGCAGACCCAGCAAGGUCUGGCAGGUAAAGAUCUGCAGCCAAGAACCGUGCUGAGGUCUUGUGUCGGCCUGGGUGCUCGGCUUUGCACCGAGAGCAGCCCUGCAAGGGAGCCUUGUGUGUGUCGGGGGGGUGCGUCAGGGCUUGGGGGUGUCCCCUGGGUGCUAAGGGACGAGCUGGGAGCUCUGCGCCUGCUCAGGCUGUCCCUGCAUCUCCAGCACUCCCGUUUCCAGCAAAAAGGUCCUGAGACGGGCAUGGAACAAAUGCAGGAUGUAGAUGGGGGACAGGCAGCCGCUCACCCACACCCAUUCCGUGUGCAUUCGGAGACCCGAGGAAUUAACCAGGUGCAGCACGAAUGCUAAAACACCCCAGCUGCAUUUAUUUUGAAGGAGAGGCUCUCCACCUCCCUGGAUGGAUGGAGCUCUCAGAGCAACAAUCUGCUUUCCACCGUGGCUCCGAGCAAAAUGCUUUGCUCCUGGCUUGACCUCUAUUGUGUUCAUAAACGGCUCGUGGUGCUUUUUGAUCCCCCCCUCCCCAUCAUAAUGACUUGACCUCGGGCUUUAUGGUGAAGGUCCUUUCAGCCGCGCGCUGUUUCCCACCAGGCUCAGCCCCUCGCUUUUCUGCAGCGAACCUGCCAAGAGCUGCGCCCUGCGCCGCUGCUCGCCCCUCGCUGCUGUCAGCUUCCACUUGACAAAUUUGAAGUGGGCAAAAAGCAAAGUUGUUGUGUUUUUUUUUUUCCCUUUUUUCUUUUUCUUUUUUUUUUUUUCUCCUCCUCUUCCCAAUGGCAGCAUUUUGGCAGGGCAGCAUAUGCUCCUGAGAUUGCGAAGGCUGGGAAUUCGACAGCUCUUGUCAAAGAAAAAACACUCCCUCCCCGUCUCUUUCUGUCUCCCCCACAUUUGCACAACCCUGGGCAUUUUCAGACGCUGGGAUUUUGCUUCUUGUUCGGGAUUUCCUCUUGCUCUCCCAAGUGACAGACACGCCGCCUUUGGCUCAUCCACCCGGCUUUCGCUUCUCCACUCCAGAAGCGACUCCACAUGAGUGAGACCAUAAUAGCUAAAUCUUACCAGCGCCGAUGGCAAUGUGCUGCAAGCUGGAGUUGUCCCUCCAAUGGUUUCCAAGAGUUUUUCCGAGGCUUCUCCACCCUCCGGAGAGGAAGGGAGGCGCAGGGACCCCCAGGGAGCCUGACACUGCCCUUGCCAAAUUGUCUCGGGUGCUGAGCAGCUCGGGGCUGCCCUCGGGGUGAGGGGUGCAGACAUGCAAGGGCUGCAAAUUGUCCUCUCCGUUACACCCUGCACACCAUUGGGCUCUCUGCAAAUCCCCUGGCACGACACGAGCCUCAUCCGUGCCACGGCUUCCCAGGCUUUACGGAGGGAGCCUCCACCAGCAUCGCUCCUCAGGAAGAGGAGAGCGGGGCUCCUGAAAAAUGCAUUUAUUCCCACUAGCAAUAAUCCUUCCUUAAUCCUAUUACACCAGGGAAAGCAUCCAGGGGCAGGGUGCAGGAGGGGGGCUGCCCUGGCAGGUUGCCCAUUGCCCGCGGUGCCUGGGGCUUUGGGGACGGAUGGGACACGGCUUGGCCCCUUCCAGCACGCCCUGAGCUUCCCCUCCGGUGCCAAAGGGCUGGGAGAAAUCCAUCAGCAGGCAGGGACAACCACGCACCAGCCCUGGGGAUGGAGCCCAUAGCAUCAUCUGCAAUGAACUAAGGACUGGGAGUCGGGAAUGUGGGGAAAAAUCAGUUUUAAUGAUCAACAUAACCAGAGCAUUGCCUCAGGCUCCCUUCCGAGUGUAAAUAUUGGCUCACUUCAGUACAGAUGUGUGUUUGCACGACGGGAGCAGGGUAAGGGACUGAGCACCAGCAGCUGGUUCGGAUGCAGAGAAGUUUGGGCAGCGAGCUGGGAGGGUGCACGUGCACCUGGCAGGAGGUGAGCCGAGGAAAAAGUGGCAGCCUGAACUCCUCUGCCACGAUCUUAAAGGUUUUGGUGGGGACAGGGAAAAAGCAGGGAGAAAACCCAACCCAGGCCAGGGUGCAGGUCGGGGACACCACACCAGGGUUCUUGAAUGCAUUUUUAUAGCAAACCGAUCUGUACAGUGAUGUGAGGUGGCUACAAAAAUAUUAAUUGUAAGGAGAUGAGCUUGGACGGGACCCCAACACCCCCAGACCUCUCCCCAGCGCAGCUCAGACCCGUCCCCAGAACCAAACCCUGCAGAAGGAGGCACCGACAGGCGUGCAGCAGGCACUGAGGACGCCCUGGCUCAACAAAGCGCUGCCCGUUUGGAGGUGUUUGCCUUGGGAUCGGGCUAGAUCCAGCCAGUUUGCCUAAUUCCCCCCCUAAUAAGCCUGUAUUGAUCACUGCAGGCAGACGCAAGGCACAGAACUCUCUCCGCAGCGGUGCCUGAAGAGGAUCAAAGCAUUCACCCUCCUUUAUUGUCCUUCCCUUUCAUCCCGCUGCCUGGAUUUCAUCACGAAGGGACCUACCCAGACUUGUUCCUCAGGAGUCUCCCAGCCCCAGUAGCCAUAGAAACCGGCUAUUUUUAGGCUGUUUUCAUGAUGCCAGUAAAUGACUUUUCUCUACUUCGGAGAGACAGCAGACCAGGUCAGCCUUGUGCGCUGUCGCACGGUAAAUGAUCAUCUCUGGAAAGCCAUGCGAGAAGAUAAUCGUGGCAUUUGCAAACGAGCGCACGUAUCCACGCACAGAGCGGCUCUGUCCCCGUCGUAUUUCCUACGCCAAAUGAUUUUGGACAAUUUUUGGAGUAUGGGUUUUACAGACGUUUGGAGAUCGGGGGGUUUGCUAUACGCCAAGCUUUGCCCUUCCCUGAGCUGGUUUCAAUACAAAUACAAUUAAUUCCCUUCCCUCCUCGGUAGUACAAAUUGACAUCCUUUUGAAAUUCGACCGCUGCCGUGGGGCACCUGGGAUGGGCAAACCUCGGGGCUGGGGACCGGGACACGGGUGGGGACUGCUCACCGGGUGCCUGGAGCUGCAAAUAAACACACCCAGCCCCAUGGCUUCUGCUGUAGCGUGCCCAGUUUGCAAGAUAAUUAUAAAUCUAUCUGUAAAUUAUA